AUGACCUUGAACUUUACCCAAAGUCACUGUCAGACAGAAGAGCGAGUGUUUAUGCUAGGCUCGAGCAUUUCGCCCAACCUGUAUGAAUACACCUCUGGUCCUAACUUAUCGUACUGUGUGAAACACUGCCGCCAAGAUGAACGUUGUCACGCUGUAGCUUUCACCAGGAGCGUUGGGGAAGACGUUGACUGUGGUUUGAUGGGAGAAUUUCAACAAACCAGGGGGAAGUGGGCUUUACCUGGAAAUCACCGGAUGUUAUCUGGAACUACCUACUAUUUACAAACUCUUUGUCUUAAAGAAGUGUGUGAGAUGUUACUGGCAAGAGAGUGGGUUCCUGGGAAGGAACUCAUAGGCUAUGACCACAAAGUAAUCCAUAGUGUUUCUAAACACGAGUGCUUACAAGCAUGCAUAAAAGAAGGCAAUUUUGAAUGCAAGUCAGUGGAGUAUCACAACUUCACGGGAGAGUGUCACCUCAGUCACAGUAGUCGCAUAGACCGACCAGAAUUAUUCCAAAAAACUGAAAGUUCUAUAAACUAUUUGGAUAACUAUUGCUCACACUCUCCAGAUUUUAUCAACAGCAACACGUCAAAGAUUGUUGUGUUAGGUAAAGUAGACGCUCUUCAUAACCUCAUUGGUCAUCAAAAAGUAUCAACCGAUGGUUGUGGCGGUCUCUGUUUUCAAAACCAUCUGUUUUCUUGUCAGUCUUUUUUGUUUGGCCAUGGAAUACUCGAUACUUAUUGUGGAGUUAUUCUUGUGAAUAAUGAUGAAAUUCCCAGAAUACCUAGAAUCUCGGAAACAACCAGAAGUCCCGACAACCAAGAAACUUCAGGAAUAUCAAACACGUCAUACAGAAAAUUUAAUGGUUGUGACCCUGUAGAUGUCCAUUUUGAGCUAAUGUCAGGUAUUUACCUGGAUAUUGUUGCCUAUAAAAGCUCCAAUGAAACUACCCCCGAGAAAUGUUUAAACGCCUGUCGAGCCGAUGCUAUCUGUCAUUCUGUAAACAUUGAUUACCGCAAGAUGGCGUGUUACUUCAACAAGAACAUUCUAGAUUCAUCAACAGAGGAUUUCUUGAAGAACAACGGUAGCUUCAACUAUUUUAAAAAAAUAUGCUUGUCAGGGGCUAGUAAAUGCAAACGACAAUGGGCUUUUGAGCGAGUCAAAGGCAAAAUGCUCGUUGGUUAUGCCCACGAAAAACUAAUCGCUCAAGUCAAAUCCCUCGAAGAAUGCCAGACUGCUUGUUUACUUCAACAAAAUAUUGUGUGUCGAUCAGCCGAAUUCGACCCUAAAAAGAAAGAAUGCCAGCUUAGUUCCUACAACAGGUUCACAACAACAGAUAAAAGCAUUGAACUACAGCCCAGCGAGCAGGGCGUCGAUUACUUAGAGAACAACUGUUUGAAAGUGUCCGUGGAUUGUCAUCCUUUUUUUAUGAAUGUGACCGUUUCAACAAAUGUCGUUUUUAGAGGAAAAAUAUACACCCAAGGCAGAGAUACAACAUGCUUCGUCGAUGUACAUGAAAGUUUACAAUUUACCCUCCCUGUCCUCCUGAAUGGUAGUCAGUGUGGAACUGUUAAUCAGGCUGAAGGCAAAUUCUCCAAUGUUUUAAUAAUACAAAAUAACGACAACGUGGUUACAGCAAGAGACAAAGCUGUCGGAGUUCAGUGCACGUUUCAAGUUGGCAAUAAAACUGGUGGAACAGAGCUAAACAUUAGUCAACUUAACCCUACUGAUCGUAAACGAGGAAAACCACCACUUCCGGUAUUGUCACUUCAUAUUAUGGACAUUCAAGGUCGUGAACGAAAGACCUUCUCUAUAGGAGAAUUACUUAAAUUACAAGUGCGCAUGUCUGAUGACGACACGUACGGUAUUUUCCUCCGAAAUCUUAUCGCAAAAGACCCAGCUGGAGCUAAUAAUUUAACACUGAUUGACAAUUCAGGUUGCCCAGUAGAAAUGAAGAUGAUGCGAGAGGUGCGGACUGUUGAUGAAAAGAGUAAAUUUUUGGAGAGCUAUCUAGAAGCUUUCACUUUCAUGGGAAGUAACAUAAUAGAACUGGAAGCAGACGUAGAAACAUGUCUGGAACGUUGCAAACCGGUUCUUUGUCAGAUCCCAACAGGACGCAGCGAAGACGAUAUGGAAACUGUCUAUUCUUACGGCCGAAGGAAAAGAAGAGAACUCGAUGAGAAUACUUAUGGAGACGUUCUAUCUAUAGUACGUCUUUCGAAAAGUGUCGGUAUUCGAGCCCCUGAGUUUGGUGUUAGAGAUCCCUCCACAAAAAAUGUUAAAUAUGCAAGACCUAUCACAGCGCCACCCCUUACAGCCUCAAACGAGUUUGAUUUGAAGCAGCCGACAGAUGGCGACGUGUUUUGUUUCGAUCCUAUGUUAGCAGCCGUGUUGGGAGUUUUUAUUCUCGUUCUCGAAAUAAGUGGAAUUACAGCAUGCAUUGUUACUUCCUUACAAAAAAACCGAUGUAGAAAAGAACAAGAUAGUUAUUACUCGGUAUAUUCCGACGGUAAAACAGAAAGUUCUGGAUUAACAACAUUAUUUUAA